CUCUUGCUAGUCUUAACGUGGUGUAAAAGUGCCUGCUGCGAAAAACCAUCUUUUGUCCCGGAAAAGCGCGAAAAUGGCCGAUGAAUACUUCUAUGGAGCUACCUUGAAAGAGGGCAGCAAGACGGUGACCUGGGAUCCGGACAACAAAGCAGACGGUUAUCCUAGGACACAUAAACUAAUCAUCAAGCAAUGCAUUCUCGGCCACGAGGCAGCAGCUGACGAGUUCAACGUGGUACAGGUUGAGACCAUGACUAUCCGGGACACGCUGCGUACUCCAAUCGCUGUGCUGAAGGUUGGUGAAUCACGACAGUGUCGGUUGGAUUUGGAGUUCUCCGAUUCACCUGUCACGUUCACGUUGAUCGAAGGCAAAGGACCGGUGCACAUCCACGGACAGCAUCUGCUCGGUUCGCUAGUUGAAGAGUUUGAAGAUAUGGAAGAAAUGGAAGAGGAGGUACCAGAAGAAGAGGAAGAUGAUGAAGAUGACGAUGAGGAAGGUGGCCCACAGAAAAAGAAGCAAAAGUUGACGAACAAUUCCAAGGGUAAACCAAACGCUGCUCCCGCUGGGAGCAAUAGCGCCAAAAAUAGCAAAAAGAAAUAAACUGGUUCUUCCUUGGGAUACUAACAGAAUAAGAUUCGCAGUAUGUGAGUUAUAUUCGUUCCUGUAUUUUCCUCGAGCAUCUCUCCUUUUUAAGUACACAUAAACAAAAUACACAUCUAAAGCAACACAUGCAACCAGUAACGAUUGUAAACGAGUUAAUGUGAUAACACAGACACUCAAGUAUAUAUUCUAUCGUUCCUUUUUCAUCCGAGAGUCAUACAGAAGGAAUGAAGGAGCCAAUUCCUUCGAUUGAAACU